AACCGGAGAUGGAGACUCAACCAAAAGAUCAAGCACAAAACCCCCCUCAGAAACCAGCGAUGGCUUCAUGUAGGAGGAAGGCAGAGGAGGAUGCAACUUUCUUUGAGGACGUGAAAGAUGAGUUCAUUCAUGCCUCCAAGAAUGUACACAAGACCUGUUUCUAG